ACUGUGGGUUGCUUCUUUCUAGAUAAGCAACACCCACGAAUGUGAGCAGUAACGCCAUAUCGUUGAUCACCAACAACUUACUCUAUACCAACGAAAAGCUUUCGCUUAUUUUAUAUCCCAUCCGAUUGGCUCGCUUCUAAGAUGUCGUCUUCAGACAAUUCUGACAGCCACGAACUCAACAGCUCUACUUAACGAAGAUGGCCCGUCGUUUAGAUCAUGAUCAUGACCAUCAUAUCGUUCGAUAUUAUUCCUUUUCAUUUCUCAUUCUCCACGAUGUUAUCCUUUAUCCAAUACAGCAGGUCCUCGUCCGAGACUCCAUCAGAGAAGGCGCCCCAACACCCUACGAUCUCAGCGGAUGAGGCUGAGAGUGCAGUUGAUGGGACAUACUCGAAUACUCUUGACCCUGCUGCUGUCAGGCGUUUGAACCGCAAGCUCGACCUCCAUGUGCUGCCUCCAUUGUUCAUCUUGUAUUUCCUGUCGUUCCUUGACCGUGGAAAUAUCGGUAAUGCGAAAAUCCAAGGUCUCGAGAAAUCGUUGGAAAUGUCUGGCCAGGACUACUCAAUUGCGCUAUGCAUCUUCUUUAUCCCAUACAUUCUUUUUGAAGUCCCGAGCAAUCUGAUCCUCAAGCGCUUGUCACCAAGUACGUGGCUUAGUAUUCUCGUUACCGGUUGGGGCAUCAUUACCAUGUGUCAAGGCUUUCUUCGCAACUUCGGUGAAAUUGUGACACUUCGAGUUAUCCUAGGUGUGUUUGAAGCUGGAGUGUUCCCUGGUUGCAUGUAUAUACUAGCGAUGUACUAUCCACGAUAUGAGCUCCAAUGGCGCUUUGGCAUGUUUUUCCCCUCUUCAACCCUGGCGGGUGCUUUCGGAGGCCUUCUGGCAUACGCGAUUGUCAAAAUGGACGGCCUAAGAGGCCUCGAAGGCUGGAGGUGGAUCUUUAUCAUUGAGGGUUCCAUUACAGCUGCGUACGGCAUCUGCGUGUGGUGGCUCGUGGUCGACUGGCCUGAUGAGGCGAAUUAUUUGAACGACGACGAAAAGGCACUUCAAAAAGCGAAGAUGACACAGGAUGAUGGUGAAGCUUCCAUGGAUAGACUUACACCAGCAACGACGAAGCGCAUAUUUCUCGAUUGGAAGAUCUAUCUUGGUUGCAUAAUGUAUAUCGGGACAAUUAAUACUACAUAUGCAGUCUCUUUUUUCGUGCCGACUAUCAUUGCCCAACUGGGUUACACGGCUUCUGAUGCACAGCUCCGAACUAUUCCUCUAUAUGUCGUUGCCGUCUUCAUUCAGCUCUUAUUCACAUACAUGGCCGAUCGAUUUCGAAACAGAUACUUCUUCACUCUAUUUUCGAUUAUUUUCGGCAUUGUCGGAUACAGUAUCCUCCUCGCAAGCUCUUAUGUAUCCACCCAAGUCCAAUAUUUCGCAUGUUUUCUCAUCACGAUAACCGGAUAUACAACCCUGCCGCUCAUCCUAGCAUGGGCUACCAACCAGCUUGUCGGUCAGUACAAACGAUCGAUCGGCGUGGCUAUGGUUGUCGGCGGAGGGAACUGCGGUGGGAUCAUCGCGAGCAACAUUUUCCUCGAAUCCGAAUUCCCGUACUACAAGACCGGGUUUUCAGUUUGUCUCGCUCUGUUAUUACUAACUGCCCUGGCAUCGACUGGAUUUGCCAUUGGGCUUGCCAUGGAAAACAGAGCUCGAGACCGUGGUAAAAGGGACUAUAGACUACAGGAUCAGAGCGAGGCGGAUAAUCUUGGGGAUGACCAUCCGAGGUAUAGAUAUGCUUUGUGAGCUGUUGUUAAAGAGUGUUUAUAGAAUAUAGAUUAUAGUGUCAUGCCAUAAGCGCGCC